AGCUGCUGAGAACAAGACAUUUUUGUAAGAGAGGUGUAUAGUGCCAUGGCAUAAAGUGCAAGCUUUAGUUGUGCAGAGCUCAUAGUGAUCUGCCCGCAAUAGCUGCUGUAUAGCAUUCCAUGUAGGGUCGUACUAAGAGCAAAUUGUGGCAUUGUGUUUUUGUUGGUCUUUGCUGCAUAAUUUUGAUCGAAAUGCUCAACUUCAAAACUAAGUAUAGCGGGAUAAGGCAAAGUCAAUGCCGUGGUGACUUGCUCUUGCCCUCGAUGCAUGAAGGUGAGCCGCCCACGUUGGAUUGGCCACUGGACGAGUCCCCGCGGAAGGAACUGUCGGUGUCCCUGCAGAGCAUGGCCAACUUGGAGAAGUCUUUCACCAAAGAGAGGCCUCGGAGUGCAGCUUCAAGUGUGGGCGAGUCUGUCUGCCCAGUCUGCUCUCGCGAGUUCAAGAUGCGUUGCCACAUGGUUGUCCACCUGCGCAGUGCCCACGGCGUGGACCCAGCCACCUUCCUGGAUAUGCCGCAAAGCCGGAAUCGGCAGGGGCUUCAAAAAGGUCGCGCGAAGCACACGACGUCCCGAGUAAAAGCUGUGCACAAGCGGCACCGCGAGUUGGCCAGAAAGGCAGCAGCAGAACGAGCAGCACAGCACCAGUUGCCGAAAGCAGCCGCUGCAGUGGCAACUGUCGGCACAGUCUCAAAGGCAUCAACGCCUAAGGCAAAAAAGCCCAAGCCAGGUGGCUCAGCACAGCAGCCGUCGUCCAGCCAGCAAGUCACUGGUGGCAGCAGCAGCAAGGCUGCGCUGUCGUGCCAGUGUUGUGGCCGUGUGUUCGACAUCCCUGCGGGGCCUGCUGAAGCACGAGCAGGUGCACCACCAGGUGCAGGCCGUCAACAAGCCCCUCUACAAGUGCUUCCGGUGUGGCAGCAUCUACAAGUACUUCGGUGGACUGGUGCGACACAGGCUCACCUGCACCAAGGCAGCCACCAAGCCAAAGGCACCUGGCGCCGAGGCGUACAAGUGUAACAAGUGCGGGGCUGUCUUUGACAACCAGGUCAGCCUUAGCAGGCACAUGGGAUCACACACGAGAAAAGCCCGGGCUGCAUCCGGAAGUCAAGUGCCAUGCCAGUGCAACCUGCAAAGCUGCAAAGUGUGCAGAUGGCACGAGAAAGCCAGUGGGGAUGUUGCCGACAACAGUGACGCAGGCAGCUUUUACAGGUGCUACCUGUGUCCACGGGUGUUCUGCACCAAGGAGAAAAUGACCAACCACCUAAUUAGAAAGCACAUCACGAUUCCAAAUUAACUCAAAGAUGCUGUUGACCUGAGCAGUACAAAACAGACGCGCAGAAAUUUGGGGAAGUUACAGUGGGAAAGAAACUCAUUUAACAGGCGGACGAAAGGUAGUAGGCAAGGCAUUUUUCAGUUCACUGGCUGUCCCAUUUCAGAACAACAUGACAACACUACUAUACCAUGGUUUCAUGUUUGUGCCUUGGGGAUUGUUCUGGCAAUUGCGGUGAGCAGAACAAGCUUACACACUGAAAACAUGCAGUAAGAAGCCGAGAGUGCGUAUAUAGUUAUGUUAGGAAUGUCUUACAAGGUGUGUCACAGUAAAUUACUUGACCCGAUUUACACAAUCAACUAUGGCCCCUCAUUGCAUUUGUGUACUGCAAGCUGUGCCUUAAAUUGUUGGUGGAGAUAAGAGUGGCUGUGUGCCACAUUCAGCAGCCCCUUUCUCAAACACACACACACACAAAAAAAAGGAAGACAUUGUCGACUGCCAAGUGUGCAGGUGUUGUUCCCCAUUCUAUCAAGAUGUGGUAUCUCCCAGUGAUUACAGUCACACACAGGUAUUUCUUAUCGGAAACAAACAGUGUUGAGAGAACGUAAUUUAAGCGAAGUAGGCAAGUUGUUUCUUGGCCAUAAUUGAACCUCACUAGCUUAUGCUUUGUUUUCGAACAAAUGUGCUACUAUAAAAGCACUGUAUUUUCAUGCCUGUCAGUGUGCAUGUGUGCCUGUUUGCAUUUUCACAGCACGUGUUCUAGUUUCCAUUCUCCAUUGUUCCUAUCACAGAGCCUUUUGGUGGUGUGCUUAAUGCAAAUAAAUAUAGUGUUGCAUCUGU